AUGCCUGGAGUGAUACAGUUCCUGAACGGUCAAUUCUCAACACCACCGACCCCCAAUGUCGAUCUGACAGGCCGCACCAUAUUAGUGACCGGGGCAAACUCUGGCCUCGGCCUAGAUGCCGCUAAACUUCUCCUGAGACUGAAUUGCAGCACUAUCGUCCUAGCCUGUCGAAGUAUCGCGAAGGGCGAGAGAGCCAAGCAAGAGAUUCUCUCUACAUCCAGAUUGGACAAUGACAAACCCACCAUCGUCGUUUUCGAGCUUGACCUCUGCUCUUUCAUCAGCGUCGCCGCAUUUGCAGACAGGUGUCAGAACCUGCCCCGCCUUGACGCCGCCAUCUUGAACGCUGGCGUUGAUCUUACUGAAUUCUCCCUAACCGAAGGCUACGAAACCACCAUAACCGUCAACGUCAUCUCCACAUUCUUCCUCGCCACACUCCUGGUACCGGUUCUUCGCUUGUCUGCACAGAAAUACAAGAUAACACCCCACAUUGCUGUUGUCGGGUCAGCAGUGCACUUCUGGGCCGAUCCGAAAGAACUCACCACUCCGCCGACUGGCGAGAUUCUGUCCUCUAUCUCCGAUCCAGAAAAAACAAAUAUGAAAUCCCGCUACAACCUGUCUAAACUCCCCGUGAUGCUCCUCGUCCGUCAUCUCUCUUCUCUACUUUCUGCAUCCGCUCAAGCAGACCCGAUAACCAAAAGCCUCGUGGUCAUCAACAACGUAGCGCCAGGCCUCUGCGUGACGAACCUGUUUCGCGAACAAACUCGUCUCGCGGACGCGCCAUUGAGAGUGGCCUUGAAAGUGAUGGGUCGCUCGAGUGAAGAGGGUGCGAGGACGCUAGUGCACGGAGCCACGGCGGGACGGGAGACAGGUGGUGCCUAUUUAAGUGAGUGUGUGGUGAAAAAUGCGAGUGAGUUUGUGAGGAGUGAGGAGGGAGCGGUCACAGCGAACAGAAUUUGGGAGGAACUCAGAAGUAUCUAUGAGGUUCUUAGACCGGGGUGUACGGCUGUGCUUUGA